AUGCCGCUGGACACGAAGCGAAAUUUCUGGACUUUAAAGUCCGAAGACGGGCAUUCUCGAUCCCAUAUCCCACCCCAGCCCCUGUGGACUUUCUUCAUCCGCAUUGCUCAGCUCGUUCUUGCAAUCAUCAUUGUUGGCCUGACUGGGUACGCAACCGAUACAUUUGGUACCACCACCGCUCUUGACGGUCUCGCAUUCAGCUUCUUCCUCUUCGCAUGGACGCUCCUUUUCCUCGGCUGGCUACUCAUUAGCACGUUUUUCUUCCCCAUUGCCUACAACUACUGGGCUCAUGUCGCUGCUGAGGGGCUGACCGUUGUGCUUUGGCUCGCUGGCUGGGCUGUCCUUGCGCACAACGCUUCUGACCUCGCGAAGGCGGAGAAGUACCUGGGUAGUUAUUCUGGGUAUAGUGACUAUCUCCCAAACGACGUCAAGAGUGAGAUCAACAAGACGAAGAGAGCUAUAGACUGUGUCAAAGCGGCGGCAGGCCUAGGCGCUUUGGAAUGGCUGCUGUUCAUUGUGACGCUUGUCUUCUUUGGUACGUCAAAUACCUACAAUCCAGAGUAG